UCUCAGUGACUUAGGGAGAGGGAGCUCUCAGGGCCGUACUGGCGGAAUGCUCUGCGAGCUGAAUUCUGUGCCGUUAAAUCACUGAUCAGGGUGAGGAGGUUGGAAGAGAAGGUGGAAAUGGCUUCUAAAGACAUCGCUGCACAUCCCUGUUUCCAGAGCGUAUCCAGAGACCUAACAGACAGCAUCAGGAAGUUUGUCGACAAGUCGGCGAUCAAGUUCGCUCGUGGUGUCAAGCUCGAAACCAAAAAUGGCAAGUCAGAAGACAGGAUUCUGGUCAUCACCACAUGGAGAAUUUAUCUCAUGGCGUCGAAAGUGCCGACUAAGGUGGAGACCACGUUUAAUUUCCUGGAAAUCCGAGCCAUGAACACACACCCGGAGCUGCAAGUUGUCAUAGAAACCGACAAGUCUACCUAUUCCCUCAGGCUGCAGUCACGUGACCAUCGCGAUCAUGUGAUCAACCACAUCAACUUUGCCUUGUCACGAAUAUUUAACAACUCUGUGUUUGCUCCUUCACUCUGUCACUCAGACAGUGAUUUGUCAGAUGGAAGUAGGAAGUACUCUCCGAGCUCAGACACAUCAGUGGAGACACAGAGAGCUUGUGGUGGCUUCUCAGAGACGUAUGCUGCUCUCUGUGAUUACAAUGGUAUCAGCUGCAAAGAGGAGGUGCAGUGGGAUGUGGAUACCAUCUAUCAUUCCCAAGACAACCGUGAGUUCAAUCUACUGGACUUCAGUCACUUGGAGAGUAGAGAUCUUGCAGUAAUUGUUGCAUCUAUGGCCUACAACACAUGGUUCACCAAACUCUACUGCAAAGACAUGCGCAUCGGGUCAGAGGUCACAGAACAGGUCUUACACACGCUCAGUAAGUCCUCCAGUCUGGAAGAGCUGACUCUGGAGAACGUCGGACUCAAAUCUGAUUUUCCUCAGAAGAUGUCUGUCGCGCUGUCUGAGAACCCAGCAUCGGUGAUUCACUCUCUCAAUUUAGCUCAUAACACCUUGGAUAACCAAGGUGUGUGCAAUUUGAUCCAGCAAGUGUGUCGUCUUAGCAAAGGACUCCGUCUCCUUAACCUGUCCAAAACAUCACUCUCGUCCAAAGGUGUGGUAUCUCUCUCUCAGGCCCUUUGCUCUAAUGAUGAUUAUUCAAACUCACUCCUUCAUCUGGACCUGAGCAAGAACCCUGGCAUUCUGUCCGGAGAGGACGCAACGCAUCUGCAUAUGUUCCUGUCACAGCCCAACUGUUUAGUGCACUUGGACCUAUCAGGCACAGACUGCUGUGUGGACUCGCUGUUUGGGGCUCUGCUCCGCGGCUGCUGUGCUGACCUUUCUUACCUCAACCUCUCCAAAAACUCCUUUGCUCACAGGAAGGUAAAGGAGACCCUACCGUUGUUCCGUCAGUUCUUCAGCUCCGCGUUCAGUCUCACGCACGUCAGUUUGGCCUCCAUGAAGUUGCCACCAGAAGCCCUCAGAAAUUUGUUCUUAGGUCUGACCAACAACCCCCAUAUCAACGACAUGCAUCUUGACAUCAGCAGCUGCGAGUUACGGUCAGCUGGAGCAGCUGUUAUACAAGACCUGUUUCCACGAGUCACCUCCAUCGCAACAUUGGACAUCUCAGACAAUGGGUUUGAUGCGGACCUGCUGACCGUGUUUACCGGCCUGUCCAGACAUCCUUCACUCAGACACCUCCACCUGGGCAAAAACUUUAACAUCAAGAGCAGGGUGUUGGACGAAAUUCUGCACAAACUGGUCCAACUAAUACAGGAGGAAGAGUGUGUUCUGCACUCUCUGUCCCUGGUCGACUCUCGUUUGCGUUCACGUGGCACCGUGUUGGUGAACGCUCUGGGCAGCAACACCUGCCUCAGGAAAGUGGACCUAAGUGGGAACGGGCUGGAGGACAUUGGUGCCAAAAUGCUCAGCAAAGCUCUGCAGAUCAACACCACACUACGGAGUGUGACCUGGGACAGGAACAACACCACCGGUGCAGGAUUCAUGGAUGUAGCACGAGCUCUAGAACAUAAUUUCACUUUGCAGUACAUGCCUAUCCCCCUGAGCGAUGUCACUCAAGCAUAUCGAAGUGCCCCAGAAAAGACAGAACAGGCGCUUGCCAAGAUUCAGAGAGCUUUACUGAGAAAUAAUCAAACACAACGCUUCUCCCAGAGGCAAGCUCUACGCUUACAUCAAGGCUUAGUGACCAGCACUGCUGAGCAGGUGAUGGAGCGAUUGUGUGUACGGGUGCAGCAGCAGGUGUGUGUUCUCCGAGGUGCAGUAGAUGCAGAGGAGCUCCAAGCGGCUAAACAGGUCCUGAAGGAGGCUCGCAACUCUCGCGCGCUCUACCCAUCUCUGUGUGAGUUGGCUCAUGUUCUCUCGGUUGAUGGACCGGUCAGACAGAGACUAGACUCUCUGGCUGGGGAACUGGCCAAGGCUGCAGAUAAAGAGCUGCAGGUGAUCGUGGACUCGAUGGUGUCUCUGUGCCGGGAGCUGUGUCCACUGUCCUCCGUGGCGGCAGAGCGUCUGAGUCCUCCUCUGUCCUCUGUUUCAGAGCGAGUGUCCAUCCCUCGUUCGGCUAUUCGCACCGCGCUGAUGGAGAGAGCAGCACAAGACAUCCAUCGAGCUCUAGAGGAGGUGAAGCUGUCAGUAGUGUCAUAUCUUACCAACUCUAUCGUGGAUCAGAUCUUACAGGAGCUCUACUCUACUCACAAAGCUCUGACGCAGCAGGUGUCUCAGGUGAAACAGUGGGAUGGCCUAUGUGAUGGUGGCACAGGUCGAAGGUCACACAGACACAGAGACUCACUCGAGAUCACUGAUGAGGAGCUGGGCACGAGUAUUGACACCAUCGCCAUUAAGAAGCGCAGUGCCAGGACCAGACGAAUCCGACCUGUAUCCACUAGACUGAGUCUGUGUGAUGACUCCAGCUCGUCUCCACCCACCUCGGGUGCUCAACUCUCCUCACCCCUCUCUCGCUCAGCAUCAUGGGAGGGCUUGUCUGCCCUGCCGACCCAGGGUGCACCUUUGCAUCAUGUGACCCGCGUCAGACCGAGGCCACCGAGAAGGCACAAAGGAGGCAUCCUUUCAUCUGACUCGUGCAUUAUCCUACACAGGGUCACAGGGAACCUGGAGUCUAUCCCAGGGCAACCUGGACACCAUGGACAUAAAAAGCACUGUACUGAAAAUGGAUCUGUCACACCGCUGGAUGAUGGCCUGCCUGAUUUUUACAGCAAGCGAGUUUUACCUGAUAGUCAGUUAUCCUCCCUUCAUAAGGCCCACUCCCUCCGGCGAAAGAAGAGACGCAACAUGCUGGCAAUCUUCGGUUUCCGUAGGAACCGGAAUUCCACACUGUCCAAUCAGGAAGCGGAUUCAUUGGGCGUAGCCUGUAGCGAGGACUGUCGGACCGUUGCCACGGCUCCCACUGGAAAUGCUCUUGAGAAUAUCUACACUUUACUGCAGCCACCCAGGAUACCUGGUAAAGGUAGCUGCCCAGGUGAAGCUGAUGGGAGUGUAGAGGACCAGAAAAUGGACGAACCCAGAGUAGGGAUGAUGGAGAUACGCUCUGUCCAAGGAAUGCCCCUCUCUACAUUCAGGACAAACAAACACCCGUUUUACACUGGCAAAAUGAAAUCUGACAUGGAGCCUGACCAUGACCCAUCUUCAGGAACAGCUGACAGAGAGCUUGAUAGGCAGACAUUACGGCCAGGAGACAGACAGGCGAGCUGGGAGAUGGACAGGCAAAGACAAAUCGAUAGAGAGCUUGAGUGGCAAAACCUCAGGAAAUCUGAGAGUGAGACAGAUGGGCAAACUGUGAGACAUAUAAAUAGAGAAUUGGAAAGGCAAGCAUCAAGGCAGACAGACAAAACCUCAGAGAGAGAGUCAGACAGACAGACCCUGAGGAAGACAGAAAAAGAGUUAGACAGAACAACGUCAAGGCAGAUAGAUAAGCCUGCUGAGAGAGAGUUAGACAGACACACUUUGAGACAGAUCGACAGGGAGUUAGACAGGCAGACUCUAUGGAAGGCAGAGAGAGAGUUAGACAGACAAGCGCUGAGGCAGAUAGACCGAGAGUUAGACAGGCAGAGCCUAUGGAGGGCAGACAGGCAUUCAGAGAGGGAGUUAGACAGACACACCCUGAGGCUGAUCGACAGGCAGGCUGAGGCUCAACAGAAACAGUGGUUAGAAAUGAGAAAAGGGGCAGAGAGGAAGUGGGCGGAGCCAAAACAACAGACAGAUACACAGUGGACAGACCUCAGGCAGGUGGACAGGCAGUCUGAGAGGCAAUGGAUGGACAGACAGGUAGACAGACAUGUACACGGACAGCACAGGAUGCCAUCCCCCAUUGCUGAGAAGGAAAUCUGCACAGAUGAAGAUAAGAGAAUGCACUGUGAAGCAUCUAUAAUCACAGACACACACUCUGAUUCAGGCUCCUGGGAGCAUCCGAUGGACAGAAGCCCACCGUCAGAUCCACAAAUGGAACACCGGACCGAGCCAUGUCCAUCAGAAGAGAGAUGUAGGGGGGUAGGCACCAGAGGAACGUCAGUGGGGCGUCUCAUCCUUUGCCCAUCCAAACCGGAGCCACCUCCGCAGAGCAGUAAGCCCAGUUUAGCCAAACUCAGACAGAGACCUCUGCAGGAGAGCUCAGGUACAGAGGAUGAACUAGGAGAUAGUAAUAGUUUCCGAGUGGAAAGGAAAGACAAAGAUGGUGGGAUGGAACGGGUAAAAGAAACAGAUACACACCAUCCACCUAUCCCAGCUAAGCCAAAGACUACUCCAUAUGUGCUGUCGCCCACCGAUUCAGCCAGUGAUAGGAAGAUCCUGCCAGCUACACCACCAGCACCAGCACCAGCAAAACCUACCUUAGCGCAGACUGAACGUUCCCAUACUCAAGGUGAGGAAUGUGUGAGACCACAGGCUCCAAUCAAACCACAGAGGAACAGAAAGGCUUUGUCCUGUGACACAGGCACAGACAGGGACAGCCCUAAUAACCUGGAGAAGCCCCCAAUCCCUCGCAACCCUCCUGUGAAAAAACCUAGAGCCCCCCAGAACAGAAACCAGUCCCUGGACCACCCUGAUAGUGUUGGAACGUUGCCUAGUAACAGCGAGCCCUUGUGACCACUUACCCACUGAUGGCUGACCGGGAGGUUGUCAUGACAACAGAGAUGAUGGAGACAGUGACGACGGCAACAAUGUUGAUGAUGACUGUGAUCAAGAGGUCAUAGAAAAAUAAAUAAAUAAAUGAAUAAAUAAAAGCUGUGAUUACACAGAGAUCAGAACUGUGACAGUAUGUCAAAAAGGCUGAUGAUAGCAUUUAUGUAAAGCGAUAUGCACUCGAGUUGACAUUGAUGAAUGUGUACUCGCAGGUCUUUUUCCCCCUUUUUUUAAUUUAUUUUUUUUUUACAUGCGAUGCUAUCUUUGUCACAUUGGACAGUGUAUCACGAAAAAAAAAAUAAAAAAAUUAGUAAUAUGUUGACUAAAAUGCUUGCAACUCAAAUGCUAGCUUACUAUUGCUAGGGGGCCAAGCACCAAAAAUAAUGUUUAAAUAAUUUAUUAUUAUUAUUAUUAUUAUUAUUAUUAUUAUUAUAAAUUCUUAUUUGUUAAUGACAACAAAAUUAUAAUUGCUAUUUUCUUUCAUUUUUUUAUAGCUGUGUUUACUUGAAAUGGAAAAAAAUAUAUUUGUAUUUGUUUAUUAAAAAGAACUCUAGAUAUUCUCAUGUUUGCGCUCACAGAUUAUGUCUAUGAACGCUCUUAGCAUUCUUUGCUAUGAAAUUUGAUUUGUUGAUAUUUAUGCCUAUUUGCUUUCCUGAGCUGAUGUCUAAUAUAUUUUGUACAAAAUGAGGA